GCAUCAACCAGUCGCACGGUCGCGCUCACAUAAGAAACUGGGAUUCGAGAGGCAACCCCCUACUCGCGAGCCGCGGCGCGGUUUCCGUGAGCGGAAGAGAUUCGGUACCCGGGGAAUGUCCGUGCUCGCGUGACGCAAUCGCGACUACAACGACCGCGAAAAUUUCGUUUCGACGUGACAUCGUCGUCAGCCGCCUUGGGACUUCGGGAAGGCCAGUUAAUUGACUCGACGACGCUCGAUUCGCGACUAAGCAGCCGCGUACCCCCACCAUCGCCUGAUCACCGGCCACGAGUGCGUCCGAUCGAGUACGAAAACGCUCGAGCCGGCCAUCCGGCCCGUCGGAUCGGGUCCCGUCGCCUUCGUCCGGCCGUUCCCGUCGGUUUUUGGGCCCGCGCUCGACGAAUCGCGUGUCUCGAACCCCCCACUGCUCCACUGGACAUGAAGAAGGGAGGCCAUCGGGCCUCCUGGACGACUCUCGCAGCCGUCAACGAACCAGAAAACAUGCCCCGCGCUGAGAAACCAACGAUCUCCAUGGAUGCCUAAGGAUGUUCCUCGACGCAACCAGAAGCGGAGGAUGUUCCUCUAUCCGUUUCCUCUUCCUCUUCUCUCUCUACUUCUUCUCCUUCUCAUCGCGCUACCUCUUCUUCUACCUGGUGACGGACGAGCCCGACCAGGCGGAGGAGGAUCUCCAUGGGAAGAAGCGUCGAGGGUGAAAUCGUCUUAAUGACGGGGUGCGGGCUGCUCGAUGACGCUGUUGCACACCGACGUGGAGGGAAACAGAGGGAAGAAAGGCAGAGGAAGAGAGAAGAACGAGAGAAGAAGAGCGUGUGAGAAUACGAGAGGGCCAGAGGGGCAGAAACGAUCAACCAAAGUUCCUAUUUUUCACGUGUUUUAUGCGAAUAUCGCUUAACAAAGUAGGACGUAAGAAGAGAAGAAGAAGAAGAAGAAGAAAAAGAAGAAGGGAGAUUAACGCGUUUCUCCCUCGGAUUGUCCGUAUCCGGGAUUCGCCUGAUUAAAGUGGGGAGACGCGCGGAGGGUGAAACGCGGGACACGCGCGAACACGCACGCCGGAAACCUCGUGUCCGCGGCACCAGGGACACCCUCCCGCGCUAAUUAGCCAGCCAAUUAGAAAGACCGCGGCCAUGCGUAAUGAGCUGCGCGCGCAAAAGUUCCUAAACGCCACGAUACAAUGUUUUUUCAUGCGGAUGCCUCGUCUCGCCGGCCUGCUUGCGUUACAGGCGACCACUGAUAAUAUUGAUAAGACAUAAUAUACGCUAAGCCGUAGAGAAUAAAGUAGUAAAACAAAGGAAAAAGAACAAAAAAAAAAACAAAAAACAAUUUAGCGAAAGUUAACGCGUCAAGCAAGAAGAGCUGCGGGAUAUCGGGAUCGAGUUUACAUCUUUGUGGUGAAAAAUCGAAGAAGCCGCUGGUUUAUUAACGACGAUGCUGUUUACGAAGAGUAUGAAUCGAGCGGAAUGUGAAUUUUCAGAAAGGACCGUCGUCCUGGGAGAAGGGAAAUCGUGUCUCGCAGCGUCCAGAUUCGUCAGGCAAUAAGAAAACACGUACGAAUUUAAAGAAAAAAAAGAGAAAAAAAAAAGAGAAAAACAGGAUAUCUGGGUGGCUGUGCCGAAACGGACAGAGUGUAAUUUAAUUCGCGAAGUUCCAGCGAAUCGAUCGAGUCCCGAUCGUCCAUCGAAGCAGCCGUUUUCUCCAAAUUUCUUCCCUUCCUAACCCCUCUUUUCUUUUUUUUUAACCAAAGGAAACAUCGUUUUGAACGUAACCGAGCUGCCACGUGGCCGCUCCCCUUGAAGCAAUCCUCGAACCGCGACGGUGGUGUCCUGUCGACGGUGUUUUUAACCUCUCUGCGCGAAACGAUUCUCGCGCUACGAUUAAUAAAUAUAUACCUAGGAAAUUAAGCGAAGAAGAGCAAAUCUAUAUAUAUAUAUAUAUACAUCUAUAUUAUAUAUACACACUUGGAAAAGCGUAUUUAAUUAUAUAUUCCUAUACACAUGCAAGGAGCACAUGUACAGGUAUUUUAAUAAGCUCGCGUAUAACUAGCCUCGGUAUAAGUGUUCCGAUAAAAAAGUACUAGCGAGGGAAGCACAAAAGGUAAAGCUCGACGCUUAGAAGAAAAAAGAAAAAAAAAUUUCGCCGGAUUUGUUCCCUCGCCUUCCGGUUUCCGGCCAAAGAACAACGCAAAUUUUUGCAACAACAAGAUUGGUAUUUUUUAUGAAACGCGACACAGCAACUACGGUGGCACGAUAUAGUAGAGUACGAGGUUAAAGGAGUAUAAUAAAAUGUCGACGAUGAGUGUCGUGUCGAAUUCGUCGGUCGAGGUCGACUCGGAUUCCUCGAACGACGUAUCCAGCAAAGACGAUGGACCCGCCGAGCAAAAGUUCAUCCUGCGUAACGAGCUGUACAACAGCCUGCUGGCAAGCGCCCUCGGCAAGACGGUGCUCAACAGGCACCUGAACUUCAAGGAGCAGGGGAUUAAUUUUAAUCUGGCCAAUUUAAAGGAUAACCUGAACGCGCUUGGCGCCCUUAAGGAGCUGAAGGAUCUCAAGGGUUUGACCGUGAGCAGCGUGCCGGCUUUCCCAAGAAACCUUGCUCUGCAUAGGGAGGACCACGACGAGAAAGCUUCUUUCGCGUGGUCUGAGGGCGGCGAGGAAGGUGGCGGGGGCGGAGGAGGCGGCGGAGGUGGAGGCGGAGGCGGUGGUGGAGGUACAACCGGCACCGGUACCGGAAGCACGGGCCCAACCGCCACCGGAGGCGGUGGAUUGGCCCAUUGGGUCAGCGUGAUGGCGGAACACAUCCACAAUCCACACUCAGCUACUGGGGUGGGCGGUGUCCAUCAUCAGCAACAGUCACCCCCUCAGCCACCUUAUCCAUGGAACAACGGCCUCUCCGGUGAUCAAUGCAAUCCGCACGACAAGGAGAGCGACUAUUGGGGUGGCGGACGGGGCGCGAAACAAGGUUACGAGCACUUUCUGUUGCAGGCGAAAAUGAACGCGGACCAUGGCCAACUGCAGAAAGGUGACGAACAAUAUCGAGGCGCCGGGGGAUCCAGCAGCGGAAGUCCUCCAGCGAGUCUGUUGGUGGUUCCUCAACCUUUGACCGUGAAACCAUCUCAUCCGUCGCAUCUGAACCCCCAUUUAGGUGGACCACACUCUCAUCCGCCGAGAAAGUACCAAUGCAAGAUGUGUCCACAGAUCUUCGGUAGCAAGGCGGACCUGCAGCUCCACACGCAGAUCCACAUGCGCGAGGCGAAGCCAUACAAAUGCACCCAGUGCUCGAAGGCGUUCGCGAACUCCUCGUACCUGUCCCAGCACACCAGGAUCCACCUGGGCAUCAAGCCGUACCGCUGCGAGAUUUGCCAGCGGAAGUUCACCCAACUGAGCCACCUACAGCAGCACAUCCGCACGCACACCGGUGACAAACCGUACAAGUGCCGGCAUCCAGGCUGCACGAAGGCGUUCAGCCAGCUGAGCAACCUACAGAGCCACUCCCGCUGCCACCAGACCGACAAGCCGUACAAGUGUAACUCCUGCUACAAGUGCUUCUCCGACGAGCCCAGCCUGCUCGAGCACAUACCGAAGCACAAGGAGUCGAAGCACCUUAAAACGCACAUCUGCCAGUACUGCGGCAAGAGUUACACCCAGGAGACCUAUCUGGCGAAGCACAUGCAGAAACAUGCGGAGAGGACGGACAAGAGACCGCCGAUAAUCGGUACGGGGCUCAGGCCGUCGAUCCACGCAAUGGCGGCUCAUCAUCAAGACCACUAUUGGCCGAAAGUCAGCCCAGACUCGGUGAUCAGCGAUCUACACGACCGACUGCCUCAUCACCACACCGACUACCAUCAAAAUCAGAACCCGGAGAUGCUAUUACCUGGCCACGGACACCGUGGCGAGUCCAUCGAGAACGAUUCGAGGCAACAGACCCCUCAACCGGGCGCCAACCAUCACCCAAACAGUAGCUCGGCAUUUACGCCGAUCUCGUCGAUCUCGAUAAACUCCAUCUCCUCCAUGCAACAUCCACUGAAUCCACUGAACCAUUUGCACUACCCUGGCAGCCAUCAUCCAGCCUCCAGGCCGUAUCUCUACGAGGCCUUCAACACAACGCAGAAAUCCUCGCCGGCGUCAUCCUCGUCUGGGGUCACGUCAGGCACGACCAGCAACCAGAACGCGACCUCCUUCCCGAACCAGUUGAUCAGUCUCCAUCAAAUCAGGAACUACGCGCACCAACCCAACCUUGGAAAUCUCGGGAACUUGGGAAACCUAGGGAACCUGAGCAAUCUGAGCAACCUAAGCGCGACAAUGGAGAGCCACGCUCUCCUCGGUGGACUCAAGGAGAAACAGUAACUCCGGCUGGUCGCGGAGAUUAGGAACAAAAACUAUUUGCUACUUCUCCUCGAUUUCUUUUUUUCUUCUUCGUCUAUACCUGUACCUCGUCCCUAUGUCCUAUUUUUCCCGCGAUCUUUACAGGGUCCAGGAUGUUUGUAUGAUAUUUUACAUCUCGUUAUGAGUUUGUUCGAAAGGGGAACCUCUAUCAAACAUUCGCUGCUCCUACGUUUCGCCCUUACACUUCUUUUAGCAUUUAAUUUCUAUGGGACAUUCUGAAAACUGUUUGCGGUGUGUGCAUGCAGCCUGAUCAAGAGUGAUUUUGUGUAGGGUUCCUGUCUUUAUUUAGGAUGGUGCUGGGGGUAGUUAUUCGCUGUGCGAUAAUAGUCAGUUUGUAAAACAACAAUUGUAUAUUUUUAUACAUUUUGGUUUAACAGGAAUCGCUUACACGUAUAAGCAUAAAUAUACAUGAAUAUAUAUCUCAAAGAUGGGAUACCUAUUUAAAAAAGAAAUACUGCGUUUUGUUUACUCUUUAAACGAUCUCUUUGAUUAGUUAAUCAAAACUAUAGAAAACAGACCCAUUUACGUAAAUCUAAAUAAUUGAAAAUAACGAAUAAUAUAUAGAAUAUUCUAUAUUUGGAAGAUCAGAUAACUUAAAGAAAGAAAUUCUUCAUUUUCUUGUACAAUCUUAAACGAUUUUAUCUCAUCAGAUAACAGCCUGGAACUGUUAAUGAAAACGAUCGCAAACGUAUCUAAACAGCGAAAGAUCGACGACUCGAUCAGAAAAGAAGUACCCUACCGUUAUUUCCAUCGAGGAACAUUAAUCUUGUCGAAAAACAUUUCACGAGUCGAGUGCAAAUCGAUUUGGCGACUUUUAAUCGUUUCAGUGCUACUGGUCAUUCAUGCAUGAAGAACAAAUAUUAGAAAGUACCCUGUUCGAUGUGGUAUCGAUCGGGUAACUUCCUAUCAAUCCGCCGAGAAUCGGCAAAAUCGAUUUGCGAUCGAAGUCCUCCCAAUAUAACCAAGCGUUUAACCACGCCGCUGAUUAACUUUCACGUUCGUAGUUAGCUAGAAAAUAACUUGGAACGAUAAUCGACGAGCAUGUUUCUCGAUGUUCCCUCCGAUUAUCCAUGGCGAAUAGCCAUCCGACUAUCCUGAACUCUCCACUCGAAUUUACCACAUUUCCUAGCGAAACUACUUUCGAGAGACGUCCUUCUUCAGUUCCAAGCGAAUACUUUCAUCCUCCCUCUGCAAUCCACCCCAGAGAUCUCCUUAGGUUAACGUUCUACUUCAAGUUUAACAGUCCUCCUAAGUCUUCUUUUCUUUCUAUUGAUACUUAAUCAUCCGUUGGUCCCAUCGAUUUAUGGUGUUACUGAUAUUGGAAAGUGAUUUUAAUCUGGCUGAAUUUUGUAGUUUGAAUAAGGUUUUGUUAUUAUGAAAGUUGUAGAAUGGGGUUGUUUAACUGGGAUUUUCGUAAUUUCGUUGGAUCAGUGAUUUGUGGUAGAUUUUUUGGUAUUUAAUGUGCAAACAAUGUUGUGGUUUUGUUACACGUAUUUGAUAUACGUAGCAUGAAUAUUAAAUAUUCUUCGAUAUGACUGCUUCCUUUUUUUUUUUAUUUCGCAUUUAAAUUCAUCGCUAUAGAAUUCAUUAGUGUAUGAUCGCGUACAACAUUGUACAACGAGAAUAUCGUACAGAUGUACAAAGAAUCACCUCGAAGGUUAUCUUAUUAAAAUAUCCUUCCAGAGAGCGAGUUCAAUGCGAUAAUUUCCCAGGAAUUUAGAAAAUAGUUCUAAAAAUUGCAGCAAUCACGAAACCAAUCGCUUUUUGAAACUCGUCCUGUACAUUCAAUGAAAAAAUCUUGUAAUAUAGCAGAAACGUAGUUUUAAAGCAAUUAUUUCGUAGAUCAACACGUGCAAUCCGUUUCAUUCAAUUUUCAUUACAUUUUCUAUUGUAAAAGUCUCUUAAUUGGUAUCAUUGAGGUCCAUGGCAAUUUCGAAUUGGAUUAUCUAAUAUUGAGAACGUAACGGAGAACGUAGAAUACAAAAUGAAAUUAAAAAUCCUAAAUUUUAGUAAUCCAACGUGAAUCAUAGUCAUUUAUGAUGCAACGAUACUAUUCGAAAAUUAAUUUUCAACAGACAUUAUUGGUUCAUAGAUAACUAUGAUAGUUAACUAUCUAUGACAUAAAACAAUACGAAGAUUACAAAUUGAAAUUAAAAAAAAAAUACUUCGAAAUUAAAUAUUUAAUUAAAUAUUUAAUCGAAACUAUUACCUACGAUCUAAUAAUAUCAAUUGGCGGUUAAAACUCGAAAAUCGCUUGAAAGUCUCAUCCACGAUUAGAGGAAGAGAUGAAAAUGAGUAUAACCGGCGAGAAUCGAUGGGACCGCGGUUAGUUCCGUUCUUUUCGUGUUCCUGCCUCCCAGGAGCAUCGUACGUAAGAGGGAAUAGCAAAGCCAGGAGAAAUCGUGUCGUGGAGUAGAGCUAUUUUCCAAGGGGUGGCUCACCCCCUGGAACCGGUGCGGGGGGAUGGGCACACCUUUCUAGGUCGAGUGGACGUUUCGUUCGCAACGGGAUAAUUAACGAAGCGAAUGUGUGUGUUUGUGUGUGUCUGAGCAUGCCAGAAACUCUUCUGUGUAUGUGUGUGCAUGUGUCUGUGUAUGUAGUUAGGCGAGUGGGUGAUAGAGGGGAAGAAAAAGAGAUAGGUGAAUGGAUAGUGAAGGAAAAGGAAAAGAGUUGGACGAGUGGGUGGCAGAAAAGAAGGAAAAGAGAUAGGCAAGUGGAUGGUGAAGGAAGAAGAAAAGAGUUGGGCGAGUGGAUGGUGAAGAAAAAGGAAAAGAGUUGGGCGAGUGGGUUUCAGAGGAGAAGGAAAAGAGAUAGGUGAAUGGAUAGUGGAGGAAAAGAAAAAUAGUUGGGCGAGUGGGUGGUAGAGGAGAAGGAAAAGACAAAAAAAAAAAAAGUGGGAGUCAAAGCAUCGCACGCACCAUUUAAAUAGGAGUUACACGCGUACACACACAUUACAUGAGGGCACAAAUCGUGUGAAUAGCUUUUUUUCAGCGAGAAAAAGGAAAGGACGCGAGUGAGUGAGGGUGCAAGAGAGAUUUAGGGUAGGUCGACGACAGUGCCACGAAAUAAUAAAUGCGAAAGUAACGGAGAUAAUAGGGAAUUAAAAAGAUAACUAGGAGCAGAGAGAAAGGGGAGAGAGAGAGGGAGAGAGAAAGA